UACAAAAAAGAUCGACGUGUGGUAGUUCAGCGAUUACGGUUGAAUAAAAGAUGAUUCGGGAACGGCGCGCGUUGUCUUACCUUCAGAACUAAGGGAGUAUAUGGAAUAGAAUUUUUGUGGUAACAUCCUUGCUAGGAUGGAGGCAACGUCGAAGAGAGACUUCGCUUACGCGAUGACACCGAUAAAAGUACUGUCGUGGUCCGUUGGUACCUGGCCUCUUCAAAAGUACAACGUCUUCGCGAAGAUACGAGCCUAUUUCGCGAUUACAUUUCUGACUCUAAUGGUAAUGAUCAUAUAUGCGGAAAUGUUUCUCGACUACAGAGACGCUGAGAAGAGUCUGGACGCUAUGGUCAUAUUUACCUCCGGAAUUCUCGCGAUCGCUAAAGUCUAUCGUUUUCACGUGUGGCCGGAGAACCUCAUCAAAAAUUUUGUAUCUGCUUCGACGGAUUACAACAAAUUUUACAGCAAGGAGAAACGAGCUAUUCUACGGAGGCACGCUUACAUGGGCAGAAUGGCGUGCGCCAGUCUGAUCGGUUUCGCUUAUUUCAGCGCGACGCUCUUCUCGGCCGUGGCUAUGCUAGUCGGGAAAGAGGAAGAGAUAGUUGUUAACGCAACCGAGGCACCGGACUAUCCCAUUCCUUCCGAACUGGUGUUGGAACUUGUACAGAUUCCGAAAUAUUUGUACUUCAUCGUCUUCGUCAUGGAGUAUCUGAUGCUGAUAUAUACGAGCAAUGGGAAUCUGGGCAGCGAUUCGUUAUUUCUUGGUAUCACGUUUCAUUUAUGCGGUCAAGUGGAAGUUUUGAAAAUGGAGAUCAUUAAACUGACAAACGAAAACGAGAGGACGUCGAAGAAUUUUAAAGUGCUGGUCGAGAGACACAUUUAUUUAAUGCAGUUAGCGAAGAUGUUAAUCGAGACGAUCAGCUGGCUCUUGGUUUUUCAACUGUUUUCGAGCUGCGUGCUUAUUUGCACGAGCGGAUUUCAAUUUAUUCUUGCGCUGAGCGCUGGAAACGUUAUCUUGACUUUAAAAACGUUUAUGGUCAUGUCAGCGUGUUUGGUGCAAUUGUUUGGAUAUAGUUAUACGGGUCAUUAUUUGAAAAACCAAAUGGAGAGUGUCGGUCACUCGACGUACUUCUCUGCCUGGUACGAUUUACCUCGAGAAGUGGCCAAGAGCAUGAUUUAUGUAAUUAUGAGGGCUCAAGACCCGGUAGAACUAAAAGCGGGAAGUUUCUUUGUCGUCAACAUGGAAACUUACAUGAGUAUUAUAAAAACGUCUAUGUCGUAUCUCUCUGUCCUUCGAGUAAUGGUAAACUCUUAAGAUUGUCAAAGCUCUGAUAUUGAAUAAAAGGACAGAAUGUAGUAAAUGCUAAUGUCUCUUUUCAAUGUCACAUAUUAUCCCAUGAUAUCCACGAUGACUAUCAUUACUUCCUGGAGUAAGCUUCGCGUAUUCAAUUGGGCGAUGGAGUGAUAAUGAUAUCGUAUCGUACGCGUUGUAGCGACGUUACUCACUUAACGAUUACACCUUUUAUGCUUACAUUCCUGAACACAAAAGAUCACUCGGGCCGUCUAGAAUUCCGGAAGAUUUAUCUACUCGUCCGUCUAUCCGGACUGGUGACGAGGAACACGCGAAAACUA